AUGUCCUCCAUCCGCUUCAUCUGCCAUGGCUGCCGCCAGCCCCUGAAGCUGGUCCGGACCACGGAGGCCCCUGGCCUUGACGUUGGCCAAGACCCUGGAGCUUCAUACUUCCCCUCCGCUCAGGGGGAGCCGGGAGACGCCCCGGAGGAAGGCUCUGCCUCCAGCCUGGAGACCGACCUUGAGGAGCUGCAGGCCUCCGCCUGGCACAUCCUUGGUGAUGGGGAGCUGUCUGGGGACCGCCCCACCAACUUCACCCUGCUCGGCAAGCUGGCCGCCGGGAGGACCCUCAGCAGCAUCCAUAGGACGGAGACGGGGCUCUGUGACAUCCUGUCCGGGGAAGAGCUGCGCCACCCCCUGUGCGAGGACUGCACGGACAGCCUCCUGCAGCAGCUGGACCGACAGCUCAGCAUCUCGGAGUCCGACACUCAGACCUACCAGCGCUGCCUGGAGACCAGGCGUGGAUGCGGCGAGGACGCCGGGGAGACCCUGCAGCAGGAGCUGGAGGUGCUGGAGCUGGAGGAAGCGAGGCUGGUCCAGGAGCUGGGGGAGGUGGAGAAGAGGCGAGACGGGGCGGCCGUGGCCCUGGAGGCUGCCCGUGCAGAGACGGAGAGGCUGGAGCAGCAGGAGAGACGGUAUCCCCGGGACCUCGGGGUGCUGCAGUGGCAGCAGCUGGAGCUGCAGGACGAGCUGUGGAGCCUGGAGGACCAGCUGCGCCACGCUCGGGCCCAGCUGGCCUGGCUGACCAGGACCGACGCCUUCAAGGCCACGUUUGAGAUAGGCUGCAACGGCCCCAUCGCCGUCAUCAACGGCUGCAGGCUGGGCUGCGUGCCCACCGUCCCCGUGAGCUGGGGGGAGAUCAACGUGGCCUGGGGGCACACGGCCCUGCUGCUCGCGAGCCUGGCGCGCACAGUGGGUCUGCGGUUCCAGAGGUACCAGCUCGUCCCCCGCGGGGACCACUCCUACCUGCGGUCACUGACCCCCAAGGACCCCUUGGAGCUGCCCUUGUUCUGCACCGGGGGGAAGAGCUCUCUCUGGGACAGCAAGUUCGACCGGGCCAUGGUGGCCUUCCUGGACUGCAUGCAGCAGUUCCACGAGGAGGCCCAGAAGGCCGAGCCGGCUCUCUGCAUGCCUUACCGGAUCCACGCCGAGCGGGGCCAGAUGGAGGACCCGGGGUCCGGCAAGUUCUACUCCGUCCAAACCCACCUGCACACGGAGGAGCAGUGGACAAAAGCCCUCAAGCUCAUGCUGACCAAUUUCAAGUGGAGUCUGGACUGGGUCUCCUUGAGGUACCGUCCCCAUUAA